GACCGAUUUCUUCCGCCGCCCAUUGCUACCUUGGAGGGAGGAGCAGAUUUUGCAGCCACAGCGUGGAGAGAGAGCUGCGUCAAGUUCUAGAACGUAGUGCUACAGACAUAUUUAAAGGAGAGUUCAAGAAUAUAUAAAAGAUACAAUGAAGGAUUUGCUGCCGUCAGCGAUUAAAAACAAAGAGAAGAGGUCGGAAGUUCAUGCAAAGUUGAAGCAUCAGAAGAAGCUUGAAAAGAAGAAGAAGGCCAAGGUUCGCGAAGCCGCAGAGAAGCAAGCAUUGGAGCUGGGGGAGGAGCCUCCUGCAAGGCCAGUCCCUCGCACCAUUGAAAACACCCGUGAACUUGAUGAAACUGUUUGUAAACCUGAUGACGAGGAGCUAUUUGCUGGAAAUGAUGCUGAUGAAUUCAGCUGCAUAUUGAAAGAAGAACGCACGCCUAAGGUCUUGAUCACAACCUCUCGCUUCCACUCCUCGAGGGGACCUGCGUUUAUUGAUGAGCUUAUCUCUGUCAUUCCCAAUGCUCAUUAUCACAAGAGAGGAACAUAUGACCUCAAAAAGAUUGUUGAGUAUGCGAAUAAUAAAGACUUCACCUCAAUCAUAGUUGUUCAUACCAACCGCAGGGAACCAGAUGCUUUACUAGUUAUUGGAUUACCAAGUGGCCCCACUGCUCACUUCAAACUUUCGAGACUUGUUUUGCGGAAGGACAUUAAGAAUCAUGGAAAUCCUACCAACCACCAGCCUGAGCUUGUUUUCAAUAACUUCACAACACGCUUGGGACAUCGUAUAGGCAGGUUAAUACAGUCACUAUUCCCACAAGACCCUAAUUUCCGUGGUCGAAGAGUUGUUACAUUUCACAAUCAGCGUGAUUUCAUAUUCUUCCGCCAUCACCGUUACAUAUUCGAAACAAAAGAAAGCAAAGAGCCUCAACCAAAAGGCGAAGGGAAAAAGGAGGCUAAAACUCAGGAGAAAGUAAUUACCAGGCUUCAGGAAUGUGGCCCUCACUUCACGCUGAAGCUGAUCAGUCUUCAGCAUGGAACAUUUGAUACAAAAGGAGCUGAAUAUGAAUGGACACACAAGCCUGAGAUGGACACCAGCCGCAGGAGGUUUUUCUUGUGAAGUGUUCCGGGUGCGAUUUUUGUAGCAAACUAAAUUUUAGAUGUGAUUUUUAUUGCAAAAUUUUGUGUCAAUGUACCCUUUUGAUGGAAGUGAAUGAGAAUUAGCAAUAGACAAUGCCUUGAAUAUAUCCAACGAAAUUUUGGUUUUA